UUAUUUGCCUGAAUACCUUAAAACUACAACAUUAGUUUAAGUUUGAAUAAAGAAACAAAAUACUUUGCCAAUCACUUAGCUUAAGGCUUCCUGUUUGACCUUAUAAGACAGAGAGUCAAGGCAUUUUUCUACUCCAAUCUUUAUGCUAAGCUAAUGUUCUGGCUGUAGUUAAGUGUACAGGCAUGAGGUGGUUCAUCUGGUUUGUUCCAUCCAUACAUAAAAUAUGCUUUAGUUUGAUGGGGGGUAAUGUAAGGGUUUCUUUCUAAACUGGGUGCAGUGACAGUAAGAGUCCCAGUCAACAGUUAUUUGUUUCUGUAAGACAAAUAUAAUAUAACAUGUUAUUGCUGAGCCUUAAGCUAACUUUUUGAUCUUAAGAUGGAGUCAGGCUAGCACUUUUGAUGCUAACUACCUCCUAUAGCGAUAUAGUUAGCUAGUCUAUAUUAAUGAAUGGUAUAAAGGUUGUAGCAAUUUGAUGGAUUAAUGAGUGGACAUACUUUAUGACACACUUUAUUCCACCAGAUGGCACUCAUGCAUCUGAAGACCAGACCAAUAAGACGCCCAAUAAUCUGAACAUGUUUAAACAUGUUGCUUUAUAGCCAGGGUAAUACAGUCAGGCAUUUGUUCAUUUUCACUACCAUUUCAAUCAUUUUAUUACAAAUAUUUCUGUGUCAUUCACAUAGGCGAGAGAUGUCUUGAGAUGAGUUUCCCAGUCAAUUAAUGACGCAGCAAAAGCCACAAGAGAUUGUCCACAGAAACACAUGUCCUAAAAUAGGCAGGAUUACUACAGUUAAUGAAUGAAAACUUUCGACCAAAAUUCCUAGAUUUCAGAAAACAUAGAGACUACACUCAUUAAUCACUUUCAAUUUCCACUUUCCUCAUCCUGCUCUGGGUUCCCCAUAGAUCUUUAUAUAGGAAAAUAAUCCUUUUUUGUGUAACAGGCCAUGCUCACACUCAAACUAAGUGUUGUUACGUCAAACUAGAAAGUCACUAAUGAAGGAAUUUCAGUUUCCAAAAUGAAACUCAUGAAUUAUGUUACGCUGAAAUACAAUUGCCUUUGUGAAAAUGGUUAUAUUUUUACUCUUACCCUUUGAAUUUUGUUUUAUUUUGGGGUAUAUUUUUCUUUCAAUGUGAUUCACUCUGUUAUAUAUUUUACUGUUUCAAUAUUCCCUAUUUGUUUAACCCCUUUGUUCGAUUUUAUGUAACGUUUGGUCAUAUGUGGAAGAUUUAGUUGGGGGAAAUUAUACAAAAAAAAUGUAAUGUCAUCAUUUUGUAACAAAAAAAAAAAAAGAAUGAACAGGAAAAAUCACAACAUGAUUUACGGUAAUGAUUAACUUGACAAGAUAUUAUCGCAAACAGGUUUAUUCCGCAGAUCUGAUACCUUUUUAAAAAAGUGACGCUUUGAUGUAAAAAGUGUGAAUUUCAUGGAAAUGAUGGUGUCAGUAAAAAUGAGACUUCAGUCAGAUGAACCAAUGACGGGGAAACCCACAACAAGAGCCCACUAUAUAUAAAGAUGCCUUUAAGUGUACUAUAAAUCAUGGCGAGUUCUCACUUUAGGUCAAUACUUGAAAGACAUUCCAUCAGAGGCCAUGCACAUCCUGAUUGGUGAGUAGUGUUGAGGUAAUGCUUGAGUUCUGCUUUCAUUUCUGUUCUGAGACUCUGAAGGAGACUGGAGACACAUUCAGGAUUUGGUUCUUAUCUGGGUUAACUAACUGUUUUCGCCCUUCCCGUCUACAUGGCCUCGCUGGCCCGCAGCGCACCUCUCCCGGAGGAGAGCACACUUGUUGCGAAUCUGGAGGUCGUGCAGAGGAGCCGCAGCUUGAUACAGAAGAUCCUGCUCUUCAUUCCCGAGGUGUACGAGUCAUGCAUUCACAUAGAGACACUGAAGCUUAAUUCCUCAGAAAAUGCAAAGCUUGGGAGAAUGGCAACGAAGAUUGGCAUCCUCUCUGCUCCUGUCCUCAAAUCUCUGUCGGAAAACUUCACUUUGGAGACUGGUUUGAAGCACAUGCUUCAGGGUCUUCAGCUACACCGUGCCAUGUUGAGCUCAGUCUCUCCUCACCUGGAAAACAAAGACAAAGUGAUGCAGCUCCUGGAUGACAUCAGGGACCUGGCAAUUCAGAUCAACAAGAUGUUGAAGGCUGUGGUGUUGCCCUCACCGACCCCUGUGGCCCUGCGUCUAUCAGGGAAGUAUGAUGUUCAGGUGGCAGCACACCUGACUCUGGAGCAGCUCCAGUCCUUCGGGCAGGACAUGGUGCGCCUCCUCAGAACUCUGGACCCGAGCAGCGACGAGGAGAUGGAGAGCUGACCCCAUUAGGGGCCACAAUCUGACUCAUGUCAAAAAUAGAACUUCACCUGCCAUUAUUCAUUAUGGCAUUUAUUUAUCUAUCUAUCUUAAAUUAGUAUUUAUUUUUUAUAUUUAUAUUUAUUUAUUGAAUUAUUUAUUUAGGUAAUGUAUUUUUGACUACACUGCUUUUAUAAACCUGCAAGUCCUCUUUUUGUUGACAGCUGAGGCAACUUGUUUUUAUAUAGGUCUUAGUAUAAUUAGGUUGUGGCCCUAACACUUGACUUUUAUUGUUUUACAUGGCAUUGCUUCAUUUAUUGAAUUAUAAUAUAGAAGCAGAAAAGAUUUAGAGGCAGCUUAAAUAAAGGACUUUUAGACUUCUUUAACCGUUAAAAGGGAGGGAAAUAAUGUAUUUUUAAGGUUUAUUUUAGGUCAUUGGAGGCACAUUGACUAAUUAUUUAUCCGUUGAAUGUAACUUGUUCUUUUUGUUUGAAUUGUAUUUAAAUAUCACUGUACCUGUUUCUUCGUUUUUUCUAAAUCAUGCAAUAAAAAAAUCUCUACUGAUA